GAGACAGCAGAGAGGAGAGGAGGAGACCAUUUUGCUGUUGGCUCUUUUAAAAAAGAAAAAGUCAGAGUGAAACUUUAUCAUUGACGGCAUACACUUGAGGUUCAUUGACAAGGACGGCUCUUUGUGUUUUGGAAGCUUGAGGAACUUUUUGUUGGAGGGGACAUUUCACACAGAGUAAAUUUGAACUUUUGAGAUUUUCACUGAGUUCAUUAACACUGCGGUGAAAGAGACCUACAGAGUUAAUACUCACUCAGCGAGUGAGUGACUAACGGACGAACAAACGAACGAAAGAGAUAUAAUUAGCGGCCCUGACCAGACGGCAGAAUGUGCUGCACGGGUAAGUGUGCCCGGCUGAUCGGCCUGAUUCUGCUGCCAUCCGCCUUCAUCUGCAUGAUCGCCAACCUGCUGCUGUUCUUCCCCAACGGUGAGAGUCUGGACAACGGACACAUUUCACUGCAGGUGUGGCUCAUGGGUGGCCUCAUCGGAGGAGGGCUUUUUAUGCUGUGUCCCAGCUGUUCAGCAAUCAGGGCUGGUGGGAAGGGCUGCUGUGGGGCAGGUUGCUGUGGAAACCGUUGUCGGAUGUUGAACUCUGUCUUCUCCUCUGCGUUUGGUAUGAUUGGCGCCAUCUACUGCACCAGCGUGUCCUCUGCAGGCCUGGCCAUUGGACCCAAGUGUGACACUGGAAGCGGAGAGUGGGGUUAUCCAUUCGAAAACCUCCCCGGUGAGAAUCAAGGCUACCUAUUCAACGAGACGUUGUGGACGUUGUGUGAUAAACCGCUCAACAUCGUGGAGUGGCACAUUACGCUCUUCUCCAUCCUGCUGUGCAUGGGCCUGCUGCAGAUGGUGCUCUGCUGCAUCCAGGUUGUCAACGGCUGCAUCGGCUGUUUCUGUGGAGACUGCCGCAGCAAAGAUGACGAUGACAACAGCGGCCUGUGAGGAGCUGUGCUGUUUUCACACAUGACACACAGAAACAGUUUCAUCUUCAGCACUGCAACAAUGAUCACACACACACACACACACACACACACACACACACACACACACACACACACACACACACAC